ACUUACCUGAUACGUGCUUCUGCAUGCGGAAGAUCCUGCAGAACGUACCUCAUUCCAUUGGUCGCGAUCCACGUAUCUGCCGCAGAACAUGGCCGCGGCUCUCCCAGCGAAGCUCAAGGCAGCAGCUCCAGAUGUGCAAAGAUUCGCAACGAGAGCAGCUCAAUUGGAAAGGUUCAAGCCGAUAGUGAGCUAUUGGUGUGAGUACUACAUCCUGCAGCAGAUCCUAUCGAAAGAACUGCACUCCAGCGAUGAAGAAUGCACGAAUUACGCGAUACAAUUGAUGGACAAGCUCGAGAAAUACAAGGCGGAGAACUCUACAAACGACGCGGUGGUGGACGAUGUAGCCGCGAAGGCGUACGUCGAGAACUUUGCGCUGGAAACGUUCAGUCGAGGCGAUGAGGCACAACGGACAAACAAGGUCUCUAAGCAGACUGCAGAUGCAUUUCAGGCAUCAGUGACGUUCAUGGAACUCGUGAGCAUAUGGGGACCACUGGAGCCAGAGCUCGUCGCGAAGAUCAAAUUCGCCAAGUUCCACGCUCUGCGAAUAGCAAAGGCAAUCAAAGCAGGCGAGGACCCGAAUGCAUCCAAUCCGGUGGUGGAACGCCCUGUGGAGCCGGUGGACAUUGAGAUGGACGACGGAAUAGAGGCUGAGCUGAAGAGCAUGGAGAACGAUGCCGGAGUAUACAGACCGCCGACAGUCGAGAGUGCGCCUGAUAGUGGUUAUCCGUCUCAGGGCCAGUCCACGCCGCAUGCAGAGGCUAUGGCACCACCUGCAGUCCCUAGUAGGACGCCGGACGAACACAUAUCGGCCAACUUGCCGGGUGACGCAGCCGUAAGUUCGAGCAGAGCGCCAUCAAUAGGAGGAGGCUACUUUCCAGCCAUUCCCGGAGAACCGUCGAAUACAAACGCUCAGCCACCGACUCCAAGCUCACCUCAAGCGCCAUCGGAUCCGGCCGACUUCUACAAUACAUCACCGCCCCGAGAGGCGGCUCAUCCGACUCCUGCUCCAGCGAGGGCACCUGCACCAACGAUAUCUCAACCGAUCUCAACGCUGCCUCCAGCUGGAGGUUACAAGACUGAUGACGAUUCGAUUUUGGCCGCACAGAAACAUGCGAAAUGGGCGAUAUCGGCGUUGAACUUCGAAGAUGCUGAUACUGCGGUCAAGGAACUCAGGUUAGCACUGCAAAGUCUUGGUGCAAGCUGA